AUGUCUAACUCUAUCAUUCUGCACUGGUUCCCAGAGUCUCCAUUUGCAUCAAGAGUCGCGUGGGCUUUGAACUACAAGAACGUUGAUUACAAGACAGUUGUGGUUUCUCAAAUCGAACCACGUCCUCUUCGUAGACCCCUUGACGGAGGGUACCGAAAGACACCCAUUCUUCAAAUUGAUGAUCAUGUCUUUUGCGACACAAAGAUUAUUCUCGAAGAAUUGGAGAAAAGAUAUCCCGAACCUUCUUUUUAUCCAACCACUCGUUCUGGUCUACCAACUCAAGGUCUAUGUAAGGCCCUCGAAAUAUGGGCAGCGAACGGCCUGAUGUACUCGGUUAUGCCCCAAUUUUCCGCUGCAGAUAUUCCUGAAAGCUUGUACAAUGAUCGUGCUCCCCUCUUUGGACUUAGCAGCAAGAAAGAAGCCAUUGCUGAUGCCCCCUAUCUAGCUAUUGAAAUGCAGGCGCAGCUUGGAAUCGCAGAUGAAUUACUGCGAGGCAAUAGCGAAGGAAAAGAAUGGUUCUUAGAUACUUCCGCGCCAUCUUUGGCUGAUUUCCAUUUUGGCAUGUGCCUUUGCUUUGUGUUGAAAUUUGUUGAUGAAACCUUGGUUAAGAAGCGCUUUCCUUUAUUGUUGGACCAUCAGAAACGCUUUCUCGAGGUAGUAAAGGAUAAGUUAGGAGAAGGUCGACCGGUUUUGUCUGAGCGAGAGGCAUUGGAGGCAUCCAAAAGCAAAUCUUUGUUUGAACCUAUUGCCAUUUCCGAAGAUUCGCCACUGAAAGCAGGUGUCCUAGUUUCCGUCACUCCAUUGGAUACUGGAAAGAUUCCUGUGAUAGGUACUCUUGUACAAUUGACUGCUCAAGAGGUUGUAAUUAAGCGUAUGAAUGAAGAGUACGGUACUGAUGUGUUCAAUCACUUUCCUUUGGUUGGAUUUUCGGUUCUUCCAGUUAAACAGUAG